UGCGGUCUCGCUGCUAUCGUGGUAAUCGCAAGUAAAGCAAACGACGCUCGUUCAUUUUUCUUGCAAAUAUAUAUUGUGUAUUUGUUUGCACACACAAAGAAAAAAAAAGAAAAACGCGAAAAACAGCAAGACGCAUAACUGCGUAGUUGCUGCUACUGGCUGGGAGAUGAGUACAAAUCUAAAGAAUGUUAAAAUGAACCACUUUGGUGGUGGCGGUGGCGCUGGCUUUGGCAUCUCAGCUGGUAAACUGCUGACAAACAACAGCAACACUAAUGGCAGCAGCAGCGCCGCAGGCACCGGUGGCGGAGCAGGCAGCACGACAGGAGCUGCAGGCAGCAGCAAUAACAAUAACAAACAGCAACAACAGCAAGCGUCGACAGCGGACAACGAUGUGCUGGCGAUGCUAAGUGGCGCCAUAAUACCGUUAAUACGCAGUCGCGAUGUUGCUAAACAGCUGCCCACAUUGGCAGCAGCGCUGCAGCAUCCCGCCGACGAUUAUUUAGCCGCCGAAGACUUGGACGCCGUGCAGCUGGAACUCGAGCUAAUGCUCUCCAAUGUGGCCUUACGUGCGCGUGUGCUCAAAGCCGAAUACGACAGCCUGGACAAGGAUGAGAAGCGUCAGGAUCGUCGAAAGCUCGAUCGGUUGCCGCCCGGCUCGCCGCCUGUUAAUCACGGCCUGCUCAAUGGCAUUCUAGCUGGCAAUGUCGCUGGUGUUGGUGGCUUGGCUGGAGCGGGCAACGCUGGCGCUGCUGGCAAUCUGGGCAGCGGAAUCGGCAGUCCAGCGCAUGGAGCGGGCAAUUCCUCAAAAAGGAAGUUGCGCGAUGAACCAACUGGAGUGCGCAAGAAGCAUUCGUCGAUGACGAUACUGAAGCAGCAGCAGCAACUCCAAGGCGGCGUUGCCAAGCAGCUGAACAAGAACAGUCCGAUGGCUGUGCACACGGAUGACAGCAUGGAUUACAUUUCACUGCCCACCACGCUGCAGCAGCACCCACAGCAACAGCACGCCCAGCAGCAACACGCACAACAGCAACAUGCACACCAGCAACAGCAACAACUGCCGAAAGUAAGCAUGCCCAAAAACGAUAUGCCGAACAAGUUUUGGCUAUCGAUUGAGCCAUAUUGCAUGCCACUGACCAACGAGGAUCUCCGUCUGAUUGACGAUCUGCUCGAGCAGUAUCGCGGCCCCCUUGUGCCGCCGGUGCCCACGCUGGGACCGCACUACGCCACCGUUUGGGCGCAGGAGGACAUGAAAUCCUUGCAACCGGGCGGCGCACGUCAGAAGACAGCGAAUGCGGCAGGCAUGUUGAAGAAGGCCGAUGGCAUGCUGCAGGAGAGCAUCACGGGACCGUUGACACAACGUUUGGUCUCAGCGCUGAUGGAUGAAUCGCUGCCCAGCGAACAGGCGGCCAUUGGUGAGCACAGCAGCAACAGCAGCAGCAAUGAGAACACCCACAGCUCGAGCAAUUUCCGUUCGCUGGCGCUGCUCAAGCAUGGCGUGGGCAUUGAGCAGCGCCUGAAAAAGGAGCUCGUCGACAGCGGACUGUUGGAUGCCAAUGAGCUGGCCGCUGCCGCUGCUGCCCACGACGAUGUGGACGAAGUGAUGCUGGAGAUCAAACGGGUCACGGCGGAAAUAAGCACAGUGGCGCAAUUCAACAGCGAAGAGUUGAAGCGUUUGCGUGCCGCUGCCAGCGAGGAGAUCAAACGCAUUGAACUGAAGCGUAAGCUGGACACGAUUGAUCAAGAGAUCCUCGAGUGCUACAAGCGGAUGCUGCAGUACCGUGCGAAGCGCAAGGGACACACCAGCGAGGAGAAGCAGGAGAUAUUGCGGCUAACCAACGAGCAGCGUUCGCUUGCCGAACAGCUGGAGCGCAUGCAGCUCUUGGGCGCUGGAGGCGCCGGCGUCGAUGGCAAGUUGUAGGACAGGAGCUUGGCCUGGAGCUGGCGUCAAUUAAUGGCGCUGCAUCGGGCGGCACUGUUGUGGCAGCAACAGCUGCAGCAGUGGGAGCGUCACAACGAUAAAUGGACCGAUAUCAGUUUGCAAUUGCAAUGUGUAUAAAACAAACAAAACAGAAACAGAAAAAAACAGCAGAAUCAUAAUAAUCACUUUAAAACUUCAACU